AAGGAAAAAAGGCCACCGCAUGUAUAAAAAACCCGGAGAAAGCCUUCCUCAAGUUCUUCUCUACGCCCGCUUUGAUCAUUUACAGAUUCAUCAAGAACACAGAAAAAAAAAGUUUUUUUGUGUGAAUAUGUUUCCAGAAGAAACCCUAAAUGACUUCCUGUCUGGUUACCCUCAGGACACUCUCUCCAUGUCCUUCGGACAAGCCGCCGUUCUCGCUUAUGUUCGUCCUCCUUCCUCCUCCUCUGUUCACCGGAGGUAUUCCACGUCGGAGAGUGUUUUAGCACAUUUCUCUAAAGGAUUGGACGGGGUGUUUUGUGGGAUUGACGACAUAUACUGUCUUCACUGCUCUGGUAAGACACCUAUCAACAUCUUCAGUGUUCUUUUCAUGUCUGAAUCUUUGACAGAAUCUUGGCUCAAACUUUGGAAGCAGGGCUCUGAUGGAGGAGUGGAGCUGUAUUGGGGAAUAGCAGCAGAUGGAUCGGUGGUGAAAAACCCUAAUCAGAAAAUCCAUAAAAAGCUUGGACAACAUAGUGGAGCCUUCUACCAUUAGAGAGAUGUGAAAUUGGAUUUUCCAAAUGCCGCAAAAGUUAUUACGUUUCUUACAGUCGAUUCUGCAGUAGCCAAGUCUCUAAACACUCAAAUCACUCGGGGAAAAAAA